GGAGGCGGAUCCUGACGGAUCCUGACGGAUCCCGGCGGCGCGGGGCUCGGAAGCGGCCGGAGCUCGGUAUGGCGGCCGCUGAGGGGCGGGAGCCUUUGCUGCGGGCCGGAGAGGAAGAGCGGCAGCAGCAGCAGCAGCAGCCGCAGGGCAGAGAUGUGGUGGAAACGCAGGAGCAUUACAAGAGCAGGUGGAGGUCUAUCUGGAUCAUGUAUCUGACUAUGUUUCUCAGUAGCGUAGGUUUCUCAAUUGUAAUUAUGUCUGUAUGGCCAUAUCUCCAAAAGAUUGAUCCGACAGCAGAUGCGAGUUUCUUGGGCUGGAUUAUAGCUUCGUACAGCAUUGGCCAAAUGGUUGCCUCUCCCCUGUUUGGUUUAUGGUCCAAUUACAGACCGAGGAGAGAACCCCUUGUCGUUUCAACUGCAAUUUCAGUAGCUGCUAAUUGUCUUUAUGCCUAUGUUCACGCACCUCCUUCACACAACAAAUACUACAUGCUUACUGCACGUGCUCUUGUGGGAUUUGGAGCAGGAAACGUGGCUGUAGUUCGGUCGUAUAUUGCAGGUGCCACUUCUCUUACAGAAAGAACAAGUGCCAUGGCCAAUACCAGUGCCUGCCAAGCAGCGGGCUUCAUAUUAGGACCAGUUAUUCAGACUUGUUUUACGCUUAUUGGAGAAGAAGGAAUAACAUGGAAAUCAAUUCAUCUUCAGCUGAACAUGUACACAGCACCCGUUUUAUUUGGGGCUCUUUUAGGAAUUAUUAAUAUUAUUCUCAUCUUUGCUAUAUUCAGAGAGCAUCGAGUGGACGACAUGGGCCGGCAAUGCAACAGUAUCAAUUUUGAAGGAGAAGAACAUGGUGUUCUGCAUGAGGACGCAGAAGGAAACAUUGACCACAUUGCUGUUGUAGCAGUCAAUUUUCUCUUCUUUGUCAUCUUGUUUGUGUUUGCAGUCUUUGAAACCAUAGCUACUCCGCUGACAAUGGACAUGUAUUCCUGGACCAGGGAGAAAGCUGUUUUUUAUAAUGGAGUAAUCCUUAGUGCGAUUGGCGUUGAAUCAGUUAUUGUUUUCCUGGUGGUGAAAACGCUGUCUAAAAAGACAGGUGAACGUGCCAUACUCCAUGGAGGCUUACUGAUCGUCUUAAUUGGAUUCUUUAUCUUACUGCCUUGGGGGAAAAAACUACCAAAUAUCCAGUGGCAAGAGAUAAAGAAUAAUUCUAUUCCCCAAACAACUCCCAGUGAAAUGGUGAUGCCUUUCUCGAGUUGGCAAGCAAUGCAGCUUCCAUCCAAUCACUCAGAACCUGCAGGCUGCCCCAUAACACAGUCCUGGUGCCUGAAUACACCCAUGAUCUAUCUGGCUCAGUAUAUCAGUUCUGACAUACUAAUAGGACUGGGCUAUCCAGUUUGUAAUGUUAUGUCCUACACUUUAUACUCAAAAAUUCUAGGCCCAAAACCUCAGGGUGUCUACAUGGGAUGGUUAACUGCUUCUGGAAGCGGAGCGCGCAUACUUGGACCGGUAUUUGUGAGCCAAAUAUACACUCACUUGGGACCACGCUGGGCAUUUAGCUUAAUAUGUGGAGUGGUUGUAGUGUCCCUGUUAGUGUUGGAGAUAGUAUACAAGAGACUUAUUGCAUUUUCUGUCAGAUACGGAAGGAUGCAAGAAGAAAGUUGUUAAAUACAUAAGCAAUGAGAAGAUCAAAAUAAUUCAAAAAUAACAGUUCAUUGCUACUUUUUAAAUGCAGAGUGCCUGACCACUGACCUUGUUGGAUGUGACAGGAACUGUAGAUGUGAUUUAUGCAUUGACAGAACACAUACAUUGAUCAUAUCCUAAUAUAUGGUUACACCUGCUGCAAUAGAGCUUUUGUAUUCUACUUUUCUAGCAGCAGAGGAAGGAUGUGAGAGUUGAAUCAAUACAAUGGCACAUUUGAAAUGCUCACGUAUGUGUGCAUCGAGUGCAACAGUUAAGGUCACAGGUUAAGAGUGUCCCUUUCAGGAAGAAGUAUAUCUUGAUUCUAUGAAUCAGGAUUAAUGACUCUUCUGACUACGAGAUUAGUUGAGCUGCAAGCACUUUGUACAGAAAAAUGACUACAUAAAAUGAACUGCUGGCUGCUAGUUUGCUGGCUUCUGAGCACUGUUUCAUAUGAAACGUCUUGGAACUCUACGUUAGCAAUGCAAAGACUUGAAGUGUGACAGAAUUGUAGAGGAAAGCAGGUGCCUACUUUACUUAACAAAAAUAGUUUAGGUGGGAUUUAGCUACUUAAGUUGAUCAAGAGCCAUUGAAAAUCAAUCUUGGUGACUUACUUGAACUACACUAAUUAGUGCACUUUUUUGGUACUGUUGUGUUGAAUGCCUCUUCAUAGCAAGGAGGUUAAGCUGCUCAGAGCAAUGUAUAGCUUUUUAUAACCUUACUGGAAGAAGGAAUUACUAAGCAUAAUGGCAUACACUUCCAUUGUCGGUAGUGAAAUUGAACGCACUGUGUUGCUUGAGUGAUCAGUCUUAACUAAUGCUAAUUAAAUAGGAAGAAGCUGAUGGUUCCUUACAUGCUAUUAUCUGUAGACUUACUUUCUGAUAAGAAACGGGUUUUACCUUUGAAUUGUUUAUUUUUACUUUAAAAAGUGAAAUAUUUUUCUUUUAUAAUGGGGCUUAAGUUAACCUGUAUGUGUUCCUUUGAUGUUUCAGUCCUAUGGAGGGAAAAAAGCUGAAAUAACUCCAGUAAAUACAAGUUGUAGCUGCUGUUUAACAUACCUACUAUUUGGUGUUUCCUGAAUAUUUGAAUAUAUUGAACGUAAUAAAGUAUUCUUACUUCAUUGACUGUUAAAGCACUGAAUGACUACAGAAUUAAAACAUGAUUUUUUCAAUACCUACUCAAGUGAAUACAGAAGGUUUUCUCCCCCUCACACUUUCUUGCGGGCAGAAUUCCAAAGCAUUAUGAAAAAUGACUUUGCUAUGUUAGUAGAGAAAACAAAGGAAAAACAUAGUUACAUCAACCAAGAAUCCUUUGGAUGUGAGAAACUGGAGCCUAGAAAGAGUUUUCAAGGAGGCUAGCAGCAAUUGGGAUUUUGUGUUGUACAAGUUUGUGCUGACUGUUAGGACACAGCAUGUGUGUUUUUAUUAUUUUCAAGGAAUAAGGAUAAAACCAGUAAAUAUUCCAAAUACUUCACAGACCUCAACCAUGUGCUGAUUACAAGAUUUUUAAUGCUUUUGGCCACAAGAGUUGGAUUUUCACCAAUUAUGCUGUUGUUUAAGCUGCUUCUGGAUUGUUACAGGUUAUCAGCCUUUGCAUCUUGUAAACUAACCUUGUUAUUAAAAGGUUUUCUGGUCUACACUGUAAUUUGA